CUGGAAUUCCAUGACGAGCUGCAUUUCGUAACCGAUCGAGAUCGACAUAUACUUCAGAUUGGAGUAUCUCGUUGAACUCAUUCAGCAACGAAAGCUCGUCGUCGUCCAUGCUUUGGUCGCAGCUGGUGGUAUCGUGGAAACAAAGACAGUUGGUAAAAAUGGUCAGGUUGACGAAAAAAGAAAUAAGAAUUUAUGAACGAAGUUCAGAUUUGUGAUAUGUCGUGAUGUCAGCCGAGUCUCUUUGGAAAUGGAAAUUCCUCUCACCAACAGCGUAUAUUUAAUAAAAAAAUAGGGCCCUAGAGAAAAAAACAGUGCGCAAAUUACAACCGUCGAUAGCUUGCAAUGUCUGACGUAACUAAAAAGAAGCGUCGUUGGGAUUUAGACGACCAAGCUGCGCCAGUAAAAGCAGCAAAAUUAGAGGAAAACAAAGCCGAUCAGAUAUCUAAUGGCAACAACGCAUCGUCAGCCCCGUCAAACGAUGCCAACACCGCAGCUUCUGAAGCCGCCGCACGAAUCAGCGCCCUAUUAGCACAAAAGGGUAUAGACGCGAAAACAGGCACAGAAGCCAGUGAUAGUGCGGAUGGAGAGUUCUUCAAGGACAUACCAAUUAAUGACAUAAAAAAUCGCUACAUGCUAACGCGAGGAGCCACACAAACCAUGAUCCAACAAGAAACUGGAGCGGAUGUGACCACUCGAGGAAAAUAUUAUCCGGACAAGAGCUUGGUAACGGAGAAAGACCCUCCAUUGUACCUUCAUGUGACAGCCACUUCCAAAGAAAUACUAGACGCUGCGGUGGCCAAACUUCAGGACAUGAUAGAUCAAGGUGUCAUGCCUACCCCACCCACUCCUGUUGCCCGUCCUCCCCCUCAGCGGACUUUCCUGGAACACAAGGUACCUGUUGGUAUUGAAGGAGCCCCCGGGUUCAACAUCCGAGCAAAGAUUAUCGGCCCUCAGGGCUCAUAUGUCAAGCAUAUCCAAACCGAAACAGGCGCUCGGGUCCAACUAAAAGGUAGAGGAUCUGGAUUUGUAGAGUCUGGAACAGGCACCGAGGCUGAUGAGCCUUUGUACAUGCAUAUAACAUGCUCAAGACAAGACGGUUUAGACAAAGCAGCCAAGCUAUCUGAGGAUUUGCUUGGUACUGUGAAAACCGAAUGGGAGCGGUUUCAACAAAACCCCCCUCCGUUCAAUCGAGGAUAUGGUCGUGGAUCUUAUGGACAUCACGGUCCACCUCCAGGGGGUUAUGGGUAUCAGCAUGGUCACUAUGGUGCUCCACCGCCUCCUCCUCCAGCAAACCCGCCAUUGCCUCCGGGUCCUCCCCCGCCACCGCCAUCGGGUGCCGAAGGUUCCGCUACACCACCAUUGGGCACCAAUCAAAGUGUAGAGCAGUCACCAGCAAGCAAUCCACAAGAGUCACCGUAUGGACAAUAUGGAGCAGCACAGAGUUCACCGCCAACUGGUGGGAAUGGGUACCCUGCUGAUGCCUAUGCGAGUUACGGACAGUAUGAUCAAUAUGAAAAUAGCGCUCAACAAGGCGAACAAUCACCUCCGACUGCUCCCAAUGACGAACAUGACUAUCAUGCUGUCCCACCGCCUCCUCAGCUUUGAUGAAAUAAACUUAUCACCUAAUCGGAAGCACCGCUCUUUUCCCACUGGUCCAGACCUUUUGCAAAAUUCACCCAACCCACCCCUUCCAUUCCUAAAAAACUCAGUUUCCCGUAGACAUGGGUUGCGCCAUAAUGCGCUUUCCAUGUUGGAAGGAAUACGGCCCUAUAUAAUGAUCAUAAUGGAACCAGACAAAAGAAAAAUCAAAGCAAAAGGAAAGAAAAAU